AUGAGCAAGCCCGUAACGACUUCAACGUAUGUCCGCUGCAUUAGCUACGGGCUCAUGAGGCGGCUGGCAGAUUUCAUCGAUCCGCAAGAAGGGUGGAAGAAACUAGCAGUUGAUAUAACUGAUCCCUCCGGUGAAAGCAGAUACGACCAAAUGCAUAUAAGGAGAUUUGAGGCAUUUGUACAAAUGGGAAAGAGCCCUACGUGUGAAUUACUUUAUGACUGGGGAACGACAAACUGUACAGUUGGUGAUCUUGUGGAUCUGCUGAUUAGGAAUCAAUUUCUAGCGCCAGCAAGCCUUUUGCUUCCAGAAGCUGUAAGGAUGGCACAAGAAGUUACAUUACCUCUUUCUUCACAGGAAACCUUGCCUAUACAUGACAAACAACUGCCUAUACAGGAAAAAGGAGUGGCAUUUGUAAAGCCUGCUUUAGCUCAGAGUACUGAGAAGCAACAUUCAGCUCCUCCCUCCUUAAGUCAAGAAAAUAGCAGCUCACAGUCUAGUGACACAGAUUUCCAUAAUUUUUGGUUUCAUGACUUGGAAAGUAUUACAAAUAAUUUUGAUGCACGACCAGAAUCAGCUGGAGGUAAUAAACUGGGAGAAGGUGGCUUUGGCAUUGUGUUCAAAGGCUACAUCAAUGGCAGAAAUGUGGCUGUCAAGAAGCUCAUUGCUAUGGUUGAUGUCAGUGUUCAGGACUUGAAACAGCAAUUUGAUCAGGAAAUAAAAAUGAUGGCAAAGUGUCAGCAUGAGAAUCUAGUAGAAUUACUUGGUUUCUCAAGUGAUGGUGCUCAGCCAUGUCUGGUGUACGAAUACAUGCCCAACGGUUCAUUGCUUGACAGACUUGCUUGUCUGGAUGACACUCCACCAAUUUCUUGGAAUACAAGAUGUAAAAUUGUUCAAGGUACAGCAAAUGGCAUCAACUUUUUGCAUGAAAAUAACCAUAUUCACAGAGAUAUUAAAAGUGCAAAUAUCUUAUUAACUGAUACAUAUAUGCCCAAAAUUUCUGACUUUGGACUUGCAAGAGCAUCUGUAACAUUCACACAAACAAUCAUGACUGAAAAAAUUGUUGGAACAGCAGCCUAUAUGGCGCCUGAAGCUCUGCGGGGAGAGAUAACACCGAAAUCUGAUAUCUUCAGUUUUGGAGUAGUCUUACUAGAAAUAAUAACGGGUCUUCCUCCAGUAGAUGAAAACCGUGAGCCACAGUUACUGUUAAGUAUCAAAGAUGAUAUUGAGGAUGAGGAAGCAACUAUUGAGGAUUAUGUUGAUGAAAAGAUGAGUGAUUGGGACGCACCUUCAGUUCAUAAAAUGUAUUCAGUUGCUGAUCAGUGUCUGAAUGAGAAAAAAAACAGAAGGCCAGACAUUAAGAUGGUCCAACAGCAUCUACAAGAGAUAAAAACUUGAUACGUGUUUCUUCUGAUACACAAAUGUGUUUGAAAUGGAGUAGACACCAGUAGCAAAUAUUUCAUUAGUAUUUAGUGCGACGUUAUCAGCUUUUCUGCUUUCCGGAACUUUCUGGUCUGCAUGUAAGGUGUGCUGUUGGCCUGUCACCACUGCGCUGUUUUCGUUUACUGAGCAGCCUUUUCACAUAUCCUUAGCCCUUGGGGCCUCAACAUGAGAAAACUUUUUUUGUAUUAACGAAUUGCAGUGCUGGUGCAUCUCCUCCACAGCUUUUUAAAUGCAUUUCCAUAUUAGAAUCUAUUUGAUUCUUCUGAUUUCCAAGUAUCAAGUAUGUCUGCUGCAAAGGCAUGUGACAUUAACGGAGUAGAAUGGUUUUUUCUGCAAAUUGCUUUCUUGUUCAGGUGUACUAGACCUUUUUCUAUUGAAGACAACAUUUAAUAGAUACAAAUGGCACUUACGUUGUCUUUUGGGGAAAAGACAAUAGUAGUACCCAUUUAAAACAACCUUUACUUAGUGUUUUAACUUGAGAGUUCAUAGUUGUGUGAAUGGACUGGUAGUGUUUUUGAAUGUGACUAUUUUUCAAAGUCUUCUCGGGAUUAGUUUUAGUCAAAUAAAUGCUGCAAGACAUAUUCUAGGUUGUUUUUUGGUUUCAAGGCUUCACAAGCAAAAUAAUUACCUUUCAGUGCAGAUGCAAAAAUACAUAUGGCUUUCUUCCAGUGAACUUUGUGUGAUGACAACCCAUUUAAUUUUUGUUCGCAGGAAGACUCUUAGCUACUUUGAAUAUUUUACAUUUUAGGAGAAGAUUCCAUAUGGAUUAUAAAUACAGAUGGUAUGUUUUGUUAAAGGGGCCAGAAUAAUAAUUCUAAGACCAAUUCUGCAUUUUCCUUAGUCAAAUAAUGAAGCACUUUUUUAAAAAACAUAUAUAUGUAUGUUAAUAAAUAAAUAUUAAAAUACACUUUUAAAAAAGCAACAUGGAAAGCUUUCUAAAAUAGAUACAUUGACAGAUCAAAGCAGACUAAAAAUAGAAUGAAAGUGACUAGUUAAGAUUGCAGAUACUUUGGACUAAGUAGGUAUGAAAAUACUACCGUUGUAAAUGAAAGAGGUUAUUUUCAUGUAAACCUUUUUUGUACCUCAUGAACUUUUUCUUGACAGCUUAGGGGUAGGAAAAUAGUCUGGCUUACAGCUAAAUUUGAAAUUCCAUGAUUAUCAAAGAAAAAGGAAACAUUGAGAAAUUAUCUAACUGCAUUCACAGAUCUCUCUCUCUCUCUGUAGAAAACGUGAUUUCUAACACUUGUAUUUAUAUCAUUAAAUCUCUGGCUAUUAAGUCAUUCUGUAUUGCCUUUUAAAACUGAUAGUUUAAUUUAGAAAAAGGUAUCCACCCAAACAGCUUCUAGUUUUACUGAGCAUAACUUGUAAAAAGCUGUUAACAUAAAUAAAAACUCUGCGUUAUCAUUGCAGGUGAUUAUUAAAACUUUGAGCCUUGCAAACGAGUCAUUUU